UCAGAGUUGGUCCUGUCAUAUUUCAAGGAGUUUAGACAAACCGCAAUUUUAUAGAUAAUUCUAAAAUGAACUAUUUGCAAUAUAUUUAUACCAAAGAGCGUCGAACCUUUGGUCGGCAGUGCUUAUUUACUAAUCGAAAUGAACUGCUGUUUUCCGAGCCACCCCAUCCCGAAUACUCUAAAGAGUACAUCCUCAAGAAUCCUGUCCACCGCGGUACUCAGUUGAGCAAACAGAUGGCCUUGAGUGAAUGUAAUACGGAAAAUGUUCAAUACGCCCAUCACGGAAUGAAUCACAUCGAAGGGGGAUGGCCCAAGGAUGUUAACAUGCAUGACGAGGAGCAGACGCUUCGUUAUCGAAAGAAGAUUGAGCGCGAUGAAAUAUGGGGUCAACAGCUUUUAUCCGAAUUCCAGCGAGUUCUUCGGUCAGUUCUGCAAAAUAAUGCUGUGAACAUUUACGAGAAUUAUUUCGAGGACUCAAUGCCACUGGACCCACCUGGUGAAUAUGCAGCCCAUAUUGUUGGCAUAUAUCGCGACCAGCUAAUACCACCCCGUCCAGUCACGCAUAUGUCCUGGUGCCCAAACGGAUCAGAGCGCUUUGUCUGCUCGUAUACGUGUUUGGAUUUUCAACCAGUGGAGCGUUCCAUCGAUUCGUACAUUUGGGAUUUGGAGGAUGCAAAUAAACCGGAAAUGUCGCUCACAGCACCUGCAGCCAUAAUAAGUGCUGAGUGGAAUCCUCGUGAUGAGCACAUGAUCGCUGCAGGUCUUCGUAUCGGAACGGUCGCCAUUUGGGAUCCUCGAUCAGGAAGCAAAGAAACCAUGUCAAGUGUUCGGGAGACAAGCCACAGAGAACGUGUUACUUCCCUUCGCUGGUUGCACUCGAAGACUAACACUGAAUUCUUCUCGGCAUCCAGCGAUGCAACAGUUCUAUUUUGGGAUGCGCGCAUCCUUAAGGGCCCAAUGGGCACAGUCGUCAUCGACCCGGAAAGAACUGAAAAUCCAGAACGUCUACGUGCGCAUGCUAUCUCCGUCCUUGAAUUUGAAUUUACCAUUUCUACUAGGUACAUGGUGGGCUCUGAGUUGGGGUAUAUAUUCAUAGGAAACCGCAAGGCUAUGACUCCAUCGGAAGCACUUCUGGCUAGAUGGCCUGUAAUGACAGGACCCAUCUACGACCUCAUACGAAAUCCCAUUUAUGUGAAAUAUUUUCUUGUGGUCGGGGAUUACGCUGCAAAAAUAUGUGUUGAAGAUUGCAAGGAGGGUGAAUUAAUUUGUACGAAAAAUCAUCCGAGUGAGCUACGUUGCGGAACCUGGAGUUCAACUCGAUGCUCUUUGUUCUUCCUUGGUAGAUGCGAUGGCGUUUUGGAGUUCUGGGAUUUGAUUAUGUCGCAAGAGAAACCGAUUUUGGAGAAGAAAAUUUGUACUGGACCCAUUUGGUCACUGAAAAGUUCGGAAAGUGGAAAACUACUUGCAGUGGGAACUGAUCCUGGAGAUAUAUAUGUUUUUGAAUUAGAUGAUGCCUUGACUGUUAGCGAUCGUAAUGAGAAGGCUGCUGUUGGUGCCAUUUUCGAACGUGAAACUCGUCGUGUCAAACUUCUAGAAGGACGAAUGAGGGAAAUCAACUUGAAAAUUGCUGCUGAAGAGGCAAAGCGGAAGAAACUAGAGGAAGAAGCUAGGAAACGGGAGUUGGAAGAGAUGGGUGAAGGUGACGGUGCCCCAGAUGAGGAAGAUCAAAUAACCCAAGGUACUGCUGCCGAUCAGCCACCCCCAGCAGAGCCUGUUGGUGAGAGUGUAUCCAUGCAGGGGGCACCUCCACCAACUGAAGAGGAAGGCGAGCGUGCUAGUAAGCAAGAUGAAGAAGCCAAAAGUGGCGCCGGGGCAGCCGAUGAAGAAGAGGGAAGCGCAUCAGAAGGUGACGAAGUAAAAACCCUAGUUGAAAUACAAAAUACUGAGACGCUUUUCUUUAAUUUAAUCGACGAUGAAAGAAAUACUCGUUCCAAUAAAUCGUAUAAUGUAGUGAAGACACCAUUUGAUGUUGCAUAUGAAAGGGAGCAGAUGAAAGUUGAAGGAGAGUCGCAAGCAGCUCAAAAAAGUGGAAUUUUAGAGGAAUUGUCCGCACAAGUUGGUCAGGGAACAAUGGAAAAGCUAGGGACGCAGGUGCCACGUGAGUCUCAAGAUACCCGAGUGUCCCAUGCAACACAGAGAUCUCUCGCACCACAAGAAUCACAGGCUGUGAAAGAGUCAACACCACGAGGAUCUCAAGCACCUCAAGAGCUUCAAGUACCUUCAGGGAGUCGAACACCUGCGGGAUCUCAAGCACCAAGGGUAUCUAUAGCACCGCAAGCCUCUCUGGCAACACGGGACUCUCAAGCACCACGGGAUUCUCAGGUACCACAGGGAUCUCAAACACCACAGAAUACUUCGGCACGUCCGAGCUCUCGAUCAGCCCAGACUCCACGUGAAUCACAAGCUGCCGCUUCAACGCAAAGCCCGCGAAAUUCUCAAGGCGCUCGCUCGCAAGGUGGCCCAUCUCAAGGUGCACCUCCUUCUCGAGGCUCUGAGAAUGCAAAUGUAAAUUGAGGCAGUCCAAGUAAGACUUCAAAUGAUUCAUAAGUAUAUUAGCUAUUAAUAUUUGGUCCAAUAAAAUUAUCUUUGACUUUGUGUAGUUUUGUUCCGCGUGGACAUCUUUGAGUUUUCAUUUUGAC